AUGGGGUUGCCCAAGAAACCACUUUGUUGCAUUUUCUUUGUUUUCUUGGUCAUUCUUGCAAUUUUCAAACUAAUAGCACCAGUUGAAUCUGCAUCUGGUGACACUACUUUAGUGUACAAAGGUUGUGCAAAACAGGCAUUAUCAGAUCCAUCUGGUGUUUACUCACAAGCCCUUUCAACUCUUUUUGGCUCACUUGUUUCACAAUCUUCAAAGUCUAAGUUUUACAAAACUACUACAGGUACCGGCCAAACAACAAUAACAGGUCUUUUUCAAUGUAUAGGUGACCUUUCAAAUGUUGAUUGUUAUAAAUGUGUGAAUGGUUUACCUAUACUAAUGGACAAACUAUGUGGCAACCCUACUCCUGUUGCUGCACGAAUUCAACUUUUAGGAUGUUACAUGUUAUAUGAGGUAUCUGGUUUUCCUCAAAUAUCAGGUAUGGAAAUGUUGUACAAGACUUGUAGUGGGAAAAAUAAUCCAGGUAGUGGAUUUGAAGAGAAGAGGGAUACUGCUUUUUCCACAUUGGAAAAUGGCAUGGCUAGUGCUAGUAAUGGAUUUUACACAGCAAAUUAUGAGUCUAUUUUUGUUUUGGGACAAUGUGAAGGAGAUGUCGGAAAUUCUGAUUGUGCUGAGUGUGUUAAAAAUGCUGUCCAAAAAGCUCAAGUUGAAUGUGGUAGCUCAGUUUCUGGCCAAAUUUUCCUACACAAGUGCUUUGUCAGUUUUAAUUAUUAUCCAGAUGGGGCUCCCAAAAAACCAUCAGCAUCAUCAAAUUGGUCUCCAUCUGCUUCAGCAGGCCAAGACACAGGGAAGACAGUGGCUAUAAUACUAGGAGGAGCAGCAGGAGUUGCUUUUCUAGUCAUUUGCAUGCUGUUUGCAAGGAACCAAAUGAAGAAACAGGAUGAUUAUUGAAGGGAUCAGCUGUGUAUUAUAAAGGCUGGCAAAAGCUUUUUCUUAGGUGGAUUCUUUCCUUGUUUAGAUUUUCUUCCUGGAAGAAAAAAAAAGAAUUUUUAUUUUCUUGAAAUUCCUCAAAAAGUGAGGGAGUUUGUGAGCUGUAAUUCUUGGAAUUAUUAGGUAAAAAGGGGGAAAACAAAAAAACCAUUGAGCAGAGAGUAAUUUUGGGGUGAUGAAACUGAGAUGAAUGGGACAUAAAAUUUUGGAGACAUGAUGUAACAAUACAUGUUUUUGUCAACUAUGAAGAAGAUUGGAAAAAGAGCAACUAAUGGUUUUGGCCU